AUGACGCUGGAGCGCUGGAUCUGCGUGUGCCCUGUGGCGCUGACCCUGGGCACAGCGCCGCGGGGCAAGGGCGAGCUCGUUGCCCACGCGGUGGUCUUUACCGCCUUCCCCAAGCGCAACGUCGAGCCCAAGGAUUUGGAGAGGAAAGAUGCCUACCUGCGGUGCCGCAAGGUUGAGGGCCAGGAGACCUCCCAGCAAGGCUGGAUCCUCUGCAACUCCGAGCACGGCGUCCACUUUGUAUCCUCCAACGAAUGUGCGGAAUCCGACGACCUUGAGCCUGAGGUGUCCCAUCCGCCACUCCCGCUGCGCGUGCAGCCUUGCGGGUUUCGAAGCGGGGCUCAGGACGCUUGGCUAGGAUCCCUGCCGCGCCUGCAACUGCCUAGCGACGUGUCAGGCGCCCGUCGCCUGCUGAGCGGGAACGUGCGCGGCAAGUUCCGGGGCCUGGUGGUUUGCGACGCCCUCAGCGGGCCCUCCAUGGGCGCGAGGCCCUGCCUGGACCACGUGGCCGGCGCCUGGCUGCGGGAGAACUUUCAGGAGGAGGUGCAGAUUUGCUCCAGCGUGGAUUUAGCUGGCUUAUUGGAGCGGCGGAGUGUGGAGGACCGGCACCGCCUGGUGCUGCUGCUGGUGCAGGAGCCCCGCGCCUGGCUGUGCCGUGCCCUGCUGGGUGGGCUCCAAGGCGCCUUUCUGGCGGCUUCGAGGCCGAACCUGGAGUUUGCGAGCAUCGAGGAGGCCAAAAGCCUCGAGAGUUGGCUGAAGCAGCCGGUGGAGUGCAUGGGCAACGUCCACAUGAAGGGCCUCAUGUCCCUCUGGGCGUGGUACGUCCAAGACUUGGCCAAAGCCGCGGCCGCGCCCAACAACCGCCACGUGUGCCUCUGCCGCGCGGAGGACCUUCUCUUCAACAGCCUGCAGCUGAGGGAGGCCUUGAAGCUCCUGGGCCUUCGCGCCCGGGAGGAGCUCUCGGCUCCGGUGACGAGGUGGUGGCGCCAAGGCAUCGAGUGCUACAGGCAAAGCAGCAGACUGACUCUGGAGGAGGCCAAAGCCAUGGAUGACCCCGUGGCUUCGCUGCGGGCGUCCCUGGGCUACGACGGCGCGCGAGACUGGCUGAGGUGGGCCCAGCUGGCAGAAGACCAGGUGGCAGAGCUCACUGCGCGCUAUGAGAAGGGCCUGGUGGGGGAUGAGGAUUUGGAGGAGGUCCGACUGGAUCCCCAAGAUAGGCGCAGAUACACGCUGGAAGAGCUGUGCAGCAAGCACGGCACGAGCCGCGGGGAAGCGGUGCAAUACUUCUGGAGCCACAGCUGGCCGUUGCCCACCGCCCCCUCCCGCGACUUUGCCUUCGAUGGCCUUUGGACCUACUCCUCCGGCACGGCGGCCCUCGGCGCUGGGGCGAUCCGUUGGCAGAACGGCAGCGUGACGGCGAUCUACCCCACCAGCGAUGUGGCCUUCAACAUGGAGUUGGAGGGCGAGACCUUCCAGGGGCGCCUGGUGGGGGACAGGCUGGUCUUCAGCGAUGGGGACCUCUGGAUCAGAGUAGCCAGCCGAGAGGAGCCCGCGCCUCCAGCGCCGGAGCCAGAAGCGCCACCGGAGCUUCCGCCGGAAGCGGAGGACUUGGAAGCGGUGCCGGCGCCGCCCAACUCCACCCCCGAGGCGGAGCUCGAGCCGGAGGUGAGCUGGAAGGAUCACCUCCUGCAGGCGGUGGCAGAAGUUCUCUUCCGUGCGGUGGCGAAGCAGCAGGUGGACCGAGUCCUGCACGGAUUGCAGCAGAUUUCCCUGAUGAGUGACGGAGUGCAGCAGCUUCUUGCAACUCGAGACGAGCAGGAGAACAGCUUGCUGCAUUUGGCUGUGCGUGAAGCCGCAGGCGGCAGUGACGCGAGCCUAGCAGUGGUCACCGCUCUCCUUGAUGCGCGUGCCGACGUCCACGCGUGCGAUGGCCAGGGAAGGCCGGCGAUGGAACUCGCGGAGCCUUCGAAAUCGCUGCGCCACAUCUUGCUGGAGGCUGCGGCAACCCAGGCCGCCAGCGCCGCUAGCCCCAUGGAUGCUGCGCCUUUGCGCCUCCGAGUGCCGGUGAAGGGGAUUCCUGCUGCCAGCCCAGCGCUGGAAGAGGAGGAGCCCGGGGACGCGGGCCUGAUGGGGGUGCGUGUGGCCGACGCCUGUGGCCUGGGCCCCUUCUCUGCAGGGGCGCUGGCCUCGCAGGGGGCGGAGGUGCUGCGUUUGGAGCUGAGGGAAGGCGUGGAAGAGGAGCAGCUGCAGGACAUCCUGCGGUGCCAGGUGUUGAUCCACAACUUCCGGGCGGCGACUGCCGAGCGCUUGGGCCUAGGAAAGGCACUGAGGACUCAGCAGGAGCACCUGCUGGUCAUCAGCAUCUCUGGGUGCCAGAAGACCAGCGCGCCGACUCUGGAUGCCAUCGUGUCCGACGGCAACUCCGCUCCAUCCAUGCAGCGUAUCACCGCGCAGGUGGCCGCUGGAAUCAUUUGCCGCGCCCUGCGAAACCUGCGGGGCGACUCUUCGGUAGCGGUUGACCACUUUGGUCCGAAAGCGCUUUCGCUUACCGCAGCGUUUGAGCCCGUGGCUUGCCGGCGCCCGCGAUGCGGGAGCACCCGACAUGCCAAGAGGGAGCUCUUGGGCCCCUGGUCUGCAUUGAACCCUUCGGUGAUCCACGACCCAAAGAUCCACGUGGACAUGUCCAAGGACAGCACGUUCAGCGCCAAUGUAUCUUGGCUGAUGCAAGAGGCCCUGGGCAGCUCGGGCCGCGCGGAGGGGGAGUUCGAGUUCUGCUCAGAUCGGCGUAUCGAGAAGGAGUGCCAACGUCUUGGUUUCGAUAGCGAAGACAUCCAAGUCGCCAGGCUCACCCGAGAUGAUCUGCAGCAUCUGAAGGCCAUCGGCGUGGCUGGGAAGCGUUCGGUCAUGAUGGCGUGCGUGAUUGCUCUCUAUAGGGAUCCGGGCCGCCACACGAUGAACCACAAGUCCUUCUGGCAGGCCUUGCAGGACUAUGAGCUGGACAAGCCUUUCGAACGUCUUAUGGAUUCGGCGGGGGACGAUCAGGAGGCAUGGAACUCUUGGAACAGCUAUGGCAGCUAUGGCGGCUACGGCAAGAACGGCGGCAAGAACCACCGAGGCGAUUACGAGGAUCGGCCCACAGGAGUGUUCGCCGACGAGUCUCUUGUUGGCACCGUCUUUGAGCGCCAUGGAGUGAAGUUGAAUGUGAUCUGCGGCCGCGUGGUAGUCAUGGAUCUGGCGCAGCACUCCAUGUUCCACGGCAACGCGUCCUGGCUGCUCCAGGCAGUGACUGGGAGUUGCUCGAAAGCGGACGGGCUCUAUGAGUAUUUCCAGGACAAAGAGAUCCUGUCAGCCUGUGCCAAAGAGCUUUGUCUAUCAAGGGACGAUGUCAGCAUCGCCCGGCUGAAGAGCCGUGCAGAUGUGGUGGCCGUUGGCACCACUGGGAAGCGCUCUGUCAUGUUUGGUCUUGCCGUGAUGCUGGCCGUGAUGGAUCAGGCCUCAUCCUUGAUGCUCGACCGUGAUGUGGCGGAGUCGGACCCAAGCCUGCAAGAUCCUCUGGCAGAUGUUCUUAUGGCUGUGCACAAGAGGUGUCAGGACAAGUCAAUCCUAUGGGAUUCCUUCGCCAAAGUGCCGAGGUUGGCCCAGGCUCCGCUCAGAGUCUCCGCGAGAUCUGGUGCCAGCAGAAGCCGAAGCGCCGAACCACGAGAUCGCUCCAGGAGGAGGAGGCCCCGGCGAUCAGAUCAUCCGCGUGAAUCUUCGAAGCGACGCCGCUCGCUGAGCGCGGGUGAUCUGGAGCACACAAGAAAGAAGGAUGUCAUCUUGCGACGAACUUCCCAGACGUACAUGGCUCCGGACCCCAGACGUGGAAGAGAUUAA